AUGGGCGCGAAGCGAGGCCGUGGUGGCUACCCAGAAAACACGCAGGCCGAGGUGUUUGGGCCUAGCACUGUGAGACUCUUCGAUUUCUUCCAGUCGAGGCGCUUCGUUGCCUUCCUCGAGACACUGACCGGCAUCCGCAAUUUGACGGCCGAUAGCCGAAUGAUUGGAGGUGGCCCCUUCUCGAUUGUUAAGGGCGGUUUCCUCUCGCUGCACACCGACUUCAACAAGCACCAGACCUGCCAAAAGGGGUUGGUGGUCACACCAGGCUGGCGACGCCUAAAUUUGCUAAUGUACCUGAACGAGGGCUGGCGCGAGGAGUGGGGAGGCUCCUUUGAGUUGUGGGAGACCGACCCGCGCUACUCGUUCCUUCAAUAUUCAAAAAAAGUUCUGCCUUUGCUCAAUCGGAUCGCCAUCUUCUCGGUUACUGACGUCUCCAUUCACGGCCAUCUCGACUCGGUCAAUCACCCGCACGGCGAGGCCCGAAAGUCGCUAUCAUUCUACUAUUACACCCCCACGAUCGACGACGAGCCCCUGAUUACACCGUUGCUUCACGAGUCCAUCUACAUGCCCGGCCACGCAGCCCUCCGCUCAGUGGAACGAUGGCGCACAAUGGUGCCUAAGUAUACCGUCCGCUAA